AUGACUACUGAGGAUUAUCAAGAAUCCGAGGUUGUCUUCCAAGACAAAUUCUCCGGAAAUGAAAUCCGGUAUUCAAAAAAUGAUAAAAAGCUAAAACCCGACAAUAAUAAGAAAAAACCAAAAAGCAGUAAUACGUCUUCAUCAGUUCCAAUACGUAUCCAAGAAGAGUUCUCAGGCAGUUCAUGGUUUCAUCAUUAUUUACAAACACAUUCCUUUGAUGUCGAAAACGAUGAGAUAAAUAACGAAGACGUCGAAAUCGUACCGCCACACGUAAUAUUGGAGAGACGUGUUACUAGAAAAGCGGCUUUUUCGCUUUGUUCAGGGAAUGGGAGGACUUUAAAAGGAAGAGAUUUGAGUCAAGUUCGUGAUUCGAUUCUUAGGAUGACGGGUUUUCUUGAAUCCUAA